UGGUGCAGACGAUCCCUCCUCUUCACCUCCUGCUGCAUUUAAAACGCAACCGUCUCCCUCAUCUCUCUCAGUCGCCAUCGCCAACCCUGCUUCGCCAUGCGAGGAAAGCUGGAGAUCCUGGCCAUGGUGCUGGGGGCCAUAGGCCUGGUAGGUGUCAUCGCGGUGACGGCGCUGCCCAUGUGGAAGGUGACAGCCUUCAUCGGCGCCAACCUCAUCGUCAUGGAGACACAGUGGGAGGGGCUGUGGAUGGUGUGCGUGCGGCAGGCGGACAUCAACAUGCAGUGCAAGGUGUACGACUCGCUGCUGAUCCUGCCGCCGGACGUCCAGGCGGCCCGCGGCCUCAUGUGCGUUGCCAUAAUCCUCGCCGUGCUGGGUAUCCUCGUGUCCGCCUGCGGCCUCCGUCAGACCAUCUGGUGGCAAGACCACGGUCGGGGCAAGAAGGUAACCCUUGUGGCGGGGGCGUGUCUCUUCCUGGUCUCGGCCUUGGCGACACUUAUCCCCGUGUGCUGGACCACGAACACCAUCGUCCGCGACUUCUACAACCCCACCGUGUUGGAUUCUCGCAAGCGUGAGAUCGGACAGGCACUCUACAUAGGCUACGCCACCGCCAUGGUGCUGCUGGUUGCUGGGGUGAUCCUGAUCUUUCGCUGUAAGAAAGGACACAAGGUGGAGGAGGAGGAAGGGGGUUACGCUCCAGCAAUGGAGGAGAGCAAGGAUGUGAUGUCACUGAAACGUACGCCCUCAGACUAUUACAAUAUGAAGCAGUAUGUCUGACAAGAUGUCGGUCUUUUAGUCUUUUUACUGAAUCUACUCUUAUAAUUAUGCUAUUUAUGUAAUAAUGAAAUAUAGUUUAUCAUCAGUGACAUUAAAACCCUGUCGUCUUUCUUUUGAAACACCCUGUUGCUGUUCAAUCCCUGUUGCGAUACCGUGAUAC